AUGUAUUUUCCGAGCGUGAUCUUGAUUUUCACUUUACUUGGAAGCGUGACUUUGCAUCUUACGGAGAUUGAUUUCAACAGAAUACGACAACUACCGAACGAGUUUUCGCCUACCUACAAUUCAAACAACAGAAGGUCUAUAACCCACAAUUUAUAUAGGAAAAAGAAUUACGAUGACAAUAAAAAAUACGACAUACAUUCCCGAAAACAAACGAUGGAAAACGAAGUCAUUCAGACACAUCAACCAAGGGAAGACCCUAGGCUUUUUUAUCAGACCGAUAGUUAUCUUAGAGAAGUUCAGGAUCAUAACCAUGAAAUCACUUAUAUUUACCCGGGGAGGGAGGUCGUCAAUGCUGAAGAGGAAUAUAGACGACCUCGGCGUCUCAGGAAAAUGGUUAAAAGCCUAACUUUAAAUUCAGAUGACCACAGUCUAUGUAUCCAAUGUCCGCAUGAUAGAACGUUAAUAGCAAAAGCAGGCUUAGAUAAAGUUGUUCUACAAAGUCCACGUCUCUUGUCAUGUAACGGAAGGACAGCAUCCAGAGAAGUUCGGUUUGUUACUAUGUAUGGGCCAAAUUUUGGUGCCCUACUACAUCAAGGCUCUUACGUCAUAGUAGGAAAAAUAAUGUAUAAUAGUCAGGUACUGCAAAUGUGUAAAAUGCAAGUACACGUAAUUCUCCAGUCUCCACGUAAAUGUCCACUUCCGAAUAUUUUACAAGCGCAUUGUAAUAAUGAUUAUGAAUGUAGUUUUACCUGCCAAGACCCUAACUUAGAUUUGCAAGGACCCCGAGCUCUUGUUUGUGGCAAAGAUUGGAACUGGGAAGGCACUCUUCCAAUAUGUAAAGGUCGGAAAUGGUGUGUGCCCCAGGAGCCACCAGAACAUGGUAGAAUAAGCUGUAAGGGCAUCGCAGUAGAGAAUGGGCCAGGUUUAUCUGAAGGUUCAAGGUGCAGAGUCCGUUGCAGGUUGGGGUGGAAGGCUAAACAUACAGCAACAGUUUGCCGACGUGGAUCUUGGAACCAUGAGCUAACGUGUCAACCACGACAAAAAAUUACCGUGUAA